AAACAAAACAAAAACCUUAUCCCCCUAUCAAUCUGUCGUCAAAAGCAUUGAGUGCGAACAGUCUCCGCAACUGCAAAUGGCUUCCUUCACGACAUCUUCUUCUUCCUCUCUCCUCCCCAAAACCCUACCUCCCAUAACCCACCUGACACGCCACCCUACACUCUCCAACAUCCGUAUUCUCGGGAAAUGGAAUCACCCUCUGCUCAGGAGCAUCUCCACCGCCGAGUCUCGCCGUCGUGUCGCGAUUGUAAAGGCCGCGACUUUGGAUUCGGAUUAUUCCUCGAAAAGGAGCAGUAGCAAUGAGCAGAGGGAGACGAUAAUGCUUCCGGGAUGCGAUUACAAUCACUGGCUGAUUGUGAUGGAGUUUCCCAAGGAUCCAGCUCCAACGAGGGACCAGAUGAUUGAGACUUAUCUCAACACUCUCGCUACUGUUCUCGGAAGUAUGGAAGAGGCGAAGAAGAACAUGUAUGCAUUCAGUACCACCACGUAUACUGGAUUCCAAUGCACCAUUGAUGAAGAAACAUCUGAGAAGUUCAAGGGUUUGCCUGGAGUUCUCUGGGUUUUACCCGACUCCUACAUAGAUGUCAAGAACAAGGACUAUGGAGGCGACAAGUACAUCAAUGGAGAGAUUAUCCCCUGCACAUACCCAACAUACCAACCAAAGCAGCGCAAUAACUCCAAGUAUCAAAGCAAGAGGUACGAAAGAAAAAGAGAUGGUCCACCUCCUGAACAGCAAAGGAAACCAAGACAAGAACCAGCCGCUUCUGAUUCCUCUUGA